UGUACAGUACAUACGCCGUAUAAUACUGAUGCCGAAAUAUGAAAUCGGAACCAAGCUAUCGAAUGCUCAAUAGUCAGUCGUAUACAAAAGAACGUGAGGCACAACAAGAAUAAUAAGACCGGGGUAGUCUUGUAGAUAUUUCCGGUCCCGAAGAUACCUACCUACCUGAGGUCUACGUCCCUCUAGCCUUCAUCCAAUCUUUGCCAAAGGUUUCGCACUGCCUGGUGCACAAAAUCGUUGAUACAAUCACUCCAUCAACUGACUUGUUAUCGGCCAGCACAGCGAAACAUACGAACCAAAAUAAGGAAACGAAGACUUGGUUCACGCCGACAUGUUUAUCCUGACCAAGAUAGCAGAUCUUGUGCAGAUUGCACCGGACGACUUUAGGAAACAGAGCCACAUAGCAAUUGAAGACAACCUCAACGCCAAAUAUGCCAACAAGGUAGUUCAGAAAAUUGGGCUCUGCAUCUGUCUCUGGGAUAUUUUAUGGACAUCAGAAGGCCUGGUCGGGCAGGGGGACGGCAUGGCAAAUGUCAACGUCGAGUUCCGCAUGGUGGUGUUCCGGCCAUUUAAGGGAGAGGUCAUCGUAGCACGAAUCGCGGAUCAAUCGCCAGAAGGGAUAAAUCUCGCCACAAACUUCUUCGACGACAUUUUCGUCCCUUGGACUGAGCUCCCAGAGGGCUCGGAAUUCGAACCGAACGAGAACAUCUGGGUCUGGAAGGAGGAGGACCAAGUCAUGUAUUUCGACAACAACGAGAUGGUCCGCUUCAGGGUGAUUGCCGAGGAGUGGCAUGACCAGACACCGUCCAAGCCGGUCGACGCGGUCGAGGCCUCCGAGGAGGAGCCUCUUCCCGUCAUCAACUCCAAGCCGCCCUACAGUAUCACGGGGUCGAUGAACGGGGCGGGUCUCGGCUGCUGUUUGUGGUGGGAGGAAUGAUUGCCUCAUCUCGAGGGUAGCGACGUAGGGGCUAUAUCCGACCGCCGGAUGGGCGAUUCAAGUGGCUAUGGAAUAGUUACACCUUGACAGCCUCCAAAAGACGCUGCUCCACACCGUCCAAGACGGAGUGGUGCUCGAUGACGGCCAGGUUCUCCGCCUCGGCGAGGAACUGUUUGUU